AUGGUGGCCGUACUCGAAGACUUGCACAAAGACUUGGCCGACCAGGGGGCGUUUCGACUGACAGGCUGUGUCACUAAUGCGUUUUUGCAACAAAGCGGCGUGCGCUUGGCCAACACACUCAUGGACGCCGGUUGCUUUCACCAUGCGAAGCAUUGCAUGCCGUUUGAAAUUGCGGCGUCGGCAACAUACUUGUUUGAUACACAUCGAUUGGACAUGAACAAUCACAUCCAAACGAUCUCAAGGACAAGUCGGAACCGCGCGUAG